CUCGAAAUCGAGGUUUCAAAUCGUGGGUCAGAUUGGUACAGUACUCCAGCUGCAGCGCACAAUUUCCGAACCACCUCCGAGUACUUUUCUCAACAGUUGAGUUACGACCAAUGCCUCGACAGCAUCUUCCAGGUUCCUACACUUCCAAGUAUCUGCCUAGCAAUUGAGUAUCGGUUCAUUUCAGGUUCCAUUUAUACGACCAAUCUGUUACUAUGGUCACCUCAACUGGAAGCUCGAUUUUCUCCCGAAAACGUGACCUGGCAUACAUGGUACAUUUCACAAUCGGCAUUCCGAUAGCUCUAGGUGAGCAAUCCAUACGCUAAAAGAGCUUCAAUGCCAUAUAAACAUUUCCUUUUACUAAUAGCUGUCACGUGAAGUUAUGGACCUGCAGGCGAUUUAUCCUCCACACCUCGUUCCAGAUAUUUUGACCUCCUUGAAGGAUUUCUAUGUCAACACGUAUCACGACCAAUACUACGUUAACACGCCACCAUUCUUCAAGCUAUUUUUGUGGAUAGAGCUCCUCUACCAAGUUCCAGUGAUGAUCUGGGGCCUGGGUGGUCUAUACAGAAGUCGGUUGCCUCUGUUUCCAAUUCGAUUUGUUUACUAACUUCCACAAGAUUCACCAAAGAUCCCGCUUGCUCUGCUUCCAUUUGCCAUCAAAGUGUUCCUUACUACUCUUACUUGCAUGUUCGAAUACUCGUACUGGCCCCUCACUCUCAAUCAGAAGAUUAGCUUGACAACUCUUUAUGGGCCCUACUUGGCGUUAUGUUCGUACCUCCCGAUGAAUUAUUCACUGUAG